AUGGUCAACAAAGACUUUUAUCUGGGCGACGCAGGAAUUCCUAAAGAGGAUUCAUUUAGAUCUCAUGCAUGGGUUAAGACUGCUAAUGGAAUACCAGGCAUUAUCGCCUUAUCGUUUGGGGUGUGUUUUGGAACCAUCGUCAUUAUCUAUGCUAUCGUAAAAAUUGUUGACAAUCACAAAAAUGCUUUGAUGCAUUUCAUAAAUUUUUUUCACAUUAACAAAGAAGAAGAUAAACAAGAUAAAACCAGACCAGCUAGGAUUGUUGUUUUUCUCCUCCUGGCUGCCGGCUUACUGAUCGCCACCGUUUACAAUGUCACUAAAAUGUUUGAUCGUCCACUGGUAUCUUUGAUGUUGUUAGAAAACUCUAUACCGCCAUCUAUUCUUUUAUGUCCACCUACUGUUGAUGGCUAUAGUUUCAAUUUAUCUUUGACAAAAGCAUUUUAUGCUGAGAAUAUUAACUCAAAAAUGGAGGGUAUUGAUGAUGUAAAAGAUUUAACUAAUAAAUAUGAUAAAAUUAACAAAUCGGGAAUCGUUUGCUAUCUGUUUAAAGAAACAAUAUUGCCAAUACCGAAGAAAGAUAAAGAAGCCUUCUAUAUUUUUAACUUUAACCAAUCAGCAUCUGAUAGUAUGGAUGUUUUCAUAGGUGAUAACAAAAAGACGAACUGGUCCCACCCUUUUCCUACAAGUAGUGAAUAUGGAAAUGUAGGGUCACUUACAGUAGAUUCAGUUGCUGUCAUCUAUUAUACGGAGACUCGCUACAUUGAAUUGUACAAUAGUCACAUCCAUCGUAGCUUCCAAUGUUCCGCUCUCAGUUACCCUGACAAAAGCACUGCUGAUGGAAUUAUGAAAAUUGGAAUCCAUGCGCCGAAAGAAAUCGUUACACGGAUUGCAGAGCCAGCUCUCACGCUAGCUGACGCUUUCAGCAACAUCGGCGGUUACAUUAGCUUUUGUGGCAUUUUUAGUUUUCUCUUUAGGGAAGGUGGGUUUGUAUAUUAUUUAUCAAAUAAGAAAAAGGUCUCCGAUGAUAAUGAAAAAGGAUUAAAUGAACAAGGAUAA